AUGAGAUUCUACAACCGCAGGUUGCUCCUACAGUACGAGGAUGUUCCAAUCUCAACACCUCCUCAAAUCCAACCCACCACCGAAUCCAAAGCCGCAUCUUCACCGUCCAUUCCAACCAUUCCAUCAAGAACAAGCACAAGCCCUUUAAAUCUACCGCUACCGAUACAUCCGAUUUUCUCUUCCAACGUAGCCUACUCCUUCCUCCUCAUCUUCUCCACCUUCUUCUUCGCGGGCUUCGUCAUCUUGUCAAUCCGCGAAGUUUCAUCCCGGCGGCGACGUGGGCUUCCUGCGCAACGGGGGUUGGAUCCCGCCGCCGUGAAGGCUCUGCCGGUUUGUUCGUACGAGGAGGAUACGAAGCAGCCGGACUGUGCGAUUUGUUUGGAGGAGUUUCAAGAAUGUGAUGAAGUCAAGAUUGUUCCGUACUGUAGGCACGUGUUUCAUCCGGAAUGUAUUGACACGUGGCUUUCUUCGCACGUGACUUGUCCUAUUUGCAGGUGCGUUAUUAAAGUUUGCGGUGGGAGUGUCGAUCAAAAUGCCCAAAGAUCAACGGUGGAGAAUGGAAGUUGA